UUUUUCUUAUUUGUUCAGGUAUGUGUACAUAAAAAGGGAGUGAUGGUGUCGAAUUCCUCGUGAAGCGCUCCUGCCUGCGUGAAUCCGUGUACGCGGAUAGUGGUUCUGAUGGAUACCCAGUGCGCGAGUAUGAGUGAUGUGGCUCGGUCGUGAGCAUGAAGAAGUUCACGUUCAAGGGCGUGUUGGAUGGUUUUACCAACAAAGGCGGCGACGGUCAAGUCGCUCCAAAGCCACCAAAAAAUGAAGUUGAAGAAACGUUGAAAUCCUUGCACUUCCGUGCUUGCAAGACCGUGCGUCAUGGGUUCCCGUUCGAACCCACGACGCUCGCUCAUGAUCCCGUACAGAAGCUCAUUGCCAUCGGCAACAAGAAGGGGCAUAUCAGAAUACUUGGGCAACCAGGAGUUGAUAUCCAUCUGGAAACACCGAGCCGAGUCCCUGUAAUUCAACUGGCAUUUAUGAUCAAUAAUGGGGGACUUGUUGCUGCUAUGGCAGACGAUACUCUUGUUCUUUGGAACUUGCGCCAGAAGAAUCCAGAAAUUGUCAAUUCCGUGGGUUUCCAGCGCGAACGCCUCACAUGCGUUAAUCUUCCCCCCACUAGUCGUUUCGCGUACGUCGGCACUGAUCGUGGAAAUGUCUAUGUCGUCAAUGUGUCGACAUUUGACUUAUCAGGAUAUGUUGUCAACUGGAACAAAGCUAUUGAAGUGACUCAAAAGAGGCAUCCGGGUUGCGUGGUACAUCUAAGCGAAAAUCCUUUGGACAACUCCAAGCUCCUGAUUUGCUAUGAAAACGGUUCUAUGGUUGUCUGGGAUUUGCCUAAGAAAACCGGGGAAGUGAGGUUUACUUGGCCUGAUGCCCAGCUUCGGUCAGCUUCUUGGUUUUCUGACGGCAAGCAGUUCAUGUGCUCGCAUGUUGAUGGCUCAUUGACGACGUGGUCUCUUCGACAACCGCAACGUCCUAUAUCUCACGUCUUCCCACAUGGCAAGCAAGGUCCCGAAGGAAAGCAGGAACCUUGUGAGCCGAUAUUUAAACUGGAGUGGAAAUCUUCUCGUGGAUUGGAAGUGAGAGACGCGCUAGUGAUAUUUUCUGGAGGCUUGCCUUCGGAGUCGAAAAGUCCGUCGAAAAAUUUGACACUCAUCAACGGCAAAAAUACGACUGUAUUGGAAAUGGAGCAUCCUAUCAUUGAUUUUGUUGCGAUAAGUGACAAACCUUGGAGUUCUGAUUCUCAGGAUCCGUUCGCUGUGGCGGUAUUACUCACAGAAGAUUUGGUAGUAUUGGACCUGACAGUGACCGGUUAUCCUUGCUUUGAGAACCCUUAUCCUAUGGAUAUUCAUGAGUCUCCGGUCACAUCCUGCCUUUAUCUUGUUAACUGCCCUGGCGAGCUUAUCGGCACAUUUUAUCAAGUCGGAAAGCGAAAUUCCAAGAGGGGUCAGUUCAGCCCCAAUUCAUGGCCGAUCGACGGUGGAGUCCCUGGCACUCCUACAACCAGCUACUCGGAGAUUGUGGUCACAGGGCAUGCGGAUGGAAGUGUGAAAUUUUGGGAUGCCUCGGGGUCUUCGCUGCAGGUUUUGUACAAGCUAAAAACUGGCAAGAUAUUUGAUCGACCGAAAGCGAUCGCGACAGAAGAUCCGUUUGCAGUCUCUAAAAUGUCCUGGUGUCCAGAAGGUAGAUUUCUAGCAGUUGCUGGAGCCAGUCCUCACGUUUUACUGUUCACUUUCCACAAGCACGAAGUUACUUCGCACGUUCCGUGCUUGGAAAUACCGAUUGUUUACGAAGUGUGCGACGAUGAAGAUACCGCUACCACGGGAUUCGAUUUCGUCCCACGAGGAGAUAAGUCUCCCACGUUCGGCGAAAAGAAAAAGUCUUUGGAGUACUCGGUGCCACUGACAGUCCGUUCUGGUCUGAUCCGGAAAGCCCCAGGAUUCCAAAUCCAAUUUGUGUGCCUGACGCCGACUGUAGAAGGGCGACGUCCGGGUCCCAUAACUGCACUGAAACUCAACUCGGCUUAUAACCUUCCGUGGUGGGUCGUGAUACUAUCGCUUUCAUUUUAUCGUUCGCUCAGAUUGGCAUAUGGAAACGAGAGCGGGCUUGUGAUUGUAGACAUGCUGCAGCGCACCUGCCUUCUCAAUAUGGGCACACCGGAUUUAUACGGUACUGCAGAUCCGUAUCAGCGCGCCGCUCGUUCGCCCAAAAAAAUUGACCGCGAAAAAGAGGACAAUGCAGAUUCUCAGAACAAAGACGGGGUCGCUACGGACCCAGGGUCUGCAUUGAACCCCGGUGUAAAAGAAAAUGGCUGUCCACCGGUCGCACCGCCGCGUCGCAAAAAGCGCUUCCAGCUGCCGCAACUCCGUCACCACAAUAAUAAAGACGACGACAGCGAGGACUUGAACGACGAAGAAGACGGGAAUCUCUUGGCCCUCGUCCGCUCGUCUGCCCGCUCCAUGUCACUUCCCGUCAACGCCGAGUCCUUUGAAAUGGUCGCCGUGGACGCCACUGGUGUCCCUCUAGUGCAACCGACGACGUCGUCAUCUAAAGCGAAGGCGGCGACGACGACGCGGAAACUCUUGGCUCGGUUCCGCAGCGCCGACGACGACCAGGCGAUUUAUGACGAGGAGGAGGAGGCGGAAGAAGAGCAGACGCGGAGUUGGCGCAAGGUCAAGUGCGCCCACGAUGGCGGCGGUGGUGAUGACGACGAGAAUGAAGACGACGAUGUCGGCGAAGGGAUGACGGACGUGUGUAGUGAUUUGUUGUUGCGAGCGUUGGCGGUGCGACGGCGGACGAUUGUGGCGGAGCAGCGUCGGGAGCGGCACCACGGGAUGUUGUCGGGAUUGAGGACGAGGCUUCGGCCUGGUGGUGGUGCUGCUGGUGCUGCGGCGCCGUUGGUGGGGCACGUGAUGAUGGGCGAGGAUGUUGAUCGGGUGCACGUGAGCGACUUGAGGCGGUGCGGGCGACGGGACGCCCCCGUGCUGAUCCACGCGGAUGAUGGGAAAGCCGAUAUUUAUGUUCCAUGGAAAGACUCGUCACUGACGUCGGAAAUCCGCGGAAAUUUCAACUGA